AUGGCGGUUCAUGCCGACUACCCUGGCCUGACGGUUGAGAUAUAUGUCGACGGCAAACCACUUAAAGAAUACGAACAUGAGGAGGAGGAGGAAAACGAGCCUAAAAUCACGACGCGAUAUAUCGAGUGCCGGUCGGGUGCGGAGUUUGAGAUCAGGACGAGCUUCAAAUCGCCCUUCAUUCCUAUGGACAUAGCUGUAGGCUCAUCCCUAAACGGAAAAUUGGUACAUGGACUAGUUGUAACAAAGAAAAACAUGCUGAAAACGGUUGCCGUGCAAUCAGAAACUACCUGGGGAGAACGCGGGUCAUGGCGAGCAUCCAAGUUCCGCUUCUCAGACCUCAGUAUCGUGGGAGAAGACAGAUGUUUCGCAUUCGAAGAGAGUCUAGAGUCUCUCAGUGCCGUGGGCACGAUAUCAGUUGUACUUAAACAAGCGCUAAGCCACAAGAUCGCGUCAAAGGCAACAACAAAGAAGAAGAUGUUCAGAGAAGUCGGACCAGUUUCAGAGAGCUCUAUGAAGGGAGACGUUCGCUCUCAUACGAUCAGUCUUGCACCAGAUAGAGCUAUAGAAGCGCCCAUCAUGAUCAGGCCCAAGCUGGCUGAGGAGCCUCUGGUCACGUUCAGGUUCAAAUACCGCUCAAUCAGUGGCGUCACCUCAACUCCGCGACAGCAAAAAUCCGCUUCGCCCCCUUUCAACGAACACGACGGCCUCACGAAUGAAGAUAUCAUCGCGCUCAUCAAACAUUACCGCGGAAACGACAAGGGAUUGGUGGACCAAAAUAGGAAGCAUCUGCUUGUAUUGCUCAAACAUUACGUGGACAAAGACAACGAGAUCAUACUCAUCAAGCAAGAGUCCGCUCCCAGUGAGUCAAAUGUGCGCAACAAACGUGAGCAUAUCGAUGAUGGUGCUGUGCGUGGGCAGGGAAAGAGGCGCAAGCCUGAGGUCAUAGUCUUGGAUGACUGA